AAAUAAAAACCACUUAAUAAAGAAACUGUUUUAUGUAAUAAUAGUUUAAAAGGAACCAGUAGGCGUUACCUUCGAAAAGGGCAACUAAUUCAUGAACACUGAUCUAAAGGAAAAGGCGUAUUUAAUACUAUAAGAUCUAUAAAUAUAAGCUCGAUGUAGCAUGGGCGAUAUCUUCUGUGUUCUCAUUUCUGGCCACAUGUAAAUACGCUUUGAAUCAACUGGUGGGAGAUGACAUCCAGGGCAACUCCCAGAGCAUCAUUGUCGUUGUUGUAGGCGGCGUUGCAUCGCGCAUCUUAGUCAAAUCGUGAUCGUUGUGGUAGAAUCGAGCGAUGCUGAGAGAGUUGGUAUAUAGAGCGCAAUCCAGACGCGCGCGAUGCGACCAGUGUACGAAAAUAGACCUCGACGAAAAGAUUAAAACCGGCAUCGAUUGAUGUUUUUAAAAACAUAAAAUUUUGUUUAAAAAAUGGUGGAUUAGUUUUCCUCCACCGCUUCUAAGCAUUGAUCUUAGCGGUGUGUUACUUCAAAUGCAAGAAACGAAAUUAAAUAACUACUCAGUAUAUAACAUCGGAUCUGCGAAGAAAAAAAGGAAAAAAGGAUUUGAUAAUACUAGCGACAUAUAAAAAAUAUUGUCGUCUUCAAAGAUGACGGAACGAUUGAUAUUACUGACUUUUCUGUUCACCGUAGCAUUAAGUGAUGAGCUAUUUCAAGUGAUCUUUGAAUGGAAAUCAAUUGAUUUUCAAUGGCUAUCAGAGGAUCAUGAAGAAAUACAUUACAAAUAUGAGGGGUAUAACAAAACGAACAAUUUUAUUGCCACUGUGAAAUUUUGGAAGGACAAAAUGUAUCUUACAAUACCACGAUGGAAAGACGGCAUGCCAGUGACGUUGGGUGUUACUUGGGCAAAACCAGUUAACGGCGUGACGGAACCUAAACUAGAAGCCUUUCCCGAUUGGGAUAUGCAAACGCUUGGUGACUGCGCGGCAUUUCAACUAGUCCAUAGUAUGGAGAUUGAUCCUAAGGGUCGCAUGUGGAUACUUGAUAAUGGCCGGUCUAUGUCCCUUAGGGAACCUAAAGUUUAUUGUCCACUGCGUCUUGUUAUUCUUGACCUUGAAGACAACAAUAAAAUCCUUCGUAUUUAUGAAUUUCCUGAUCAUAUAGCUCAUCGUACAAGCGCGUAUCUUAAUGACAUUGUUCUUGAUCACGAAGACGGCGGUAUGGCAUAUAUCACUGAUAAUAAUGCUAUCGAUCCUGGCAUUAUUGUUUACUCUUUAAAGAAUAAUACCUCCUGGAAAAUUCGGCACGAGUCUAUGAAAGCACAAUCAGAGGCUGUCAAAUUUACGGUAGCAGGAACACAUAUAAUCAAGGCAAAACACGUAAAUAGUAUAGCACUCUCACCAAUAAGCAGUCGCGACAGACAAGUUUAUUAUUCAUCUUUGUCUUCUUUCCAUUUGUAUUCGAUUCCAGUAUUCGCUUUGAAGAACAAUGUGACGAAUAUUGAUCAAUACGUGAGGGAACUUGGACGGAAGUCUUCUCAGACAGAUGGUAUGGCAAUGUCAUCUACUGGUGUAUUUUAUUUUGGUCUAUUGGCUGAUGAUGCUAUCGCUAUGUGGGAUACCAAAAAUACAUCAUCCUUUACCAUCGGUCAACAAAUUAUAUCACGCGAUUACGUGCAGUGGCCCAGUAGUUUUGCUUUUGACGAAGUCGGCAAUUUGUGGUGCGUCUCCAAUGCGUUACAAAAUUUCUUAAAUAAUCGUAUUGAUAUCAACGUGCCUAACUAUCGUCUCAUUCGAACACAUGUAGGCGUUAAGAAUUAUCAAUACUAUGAGAAUGGCACGGCACCUGAAUUACCGGAAGUUACUGCUGGUGUCGAUUCCAUUAAACUUGUACUCGCCACACUAUUGCCUACCAUUCUGAUACUUGUUGCGAAGUAAUUUAUUUAUAAUAAAGAUUUUAAAAAUAAACAUUGAAUAUAUAAAGAAAUAAUUUAUGAAUUUAUAAACUCAGAUAGUUACGUGAGAAAAUGCAUUGCGAAUGGAUUAUGGAUUGCUGUAACAGAUAAUAUCAAAACUAUAGCAAAUAUCGAGUAAGUUGUACAUCAUAGUAUGCUAGAAAAAAAAAUUUUUUUUAUAUAUUAUUAGAAUCCUAAACUACAGUUUCAUAAGUUAAAUAAGUAAUAUUUCGGACAAACAUUGUAUUUGGUACAGGGCUUGUGCUAAGUCUUAGAUCAUUGUCUAAAUUCAAAAAAGUAUAACUAGGAAAUAACAAAAGAAUAAGAUAAUAAUAGAUAUAAAUAUAUUAGUUUUAAUUUUAAUUUUCUAUUAUAUGACUAGAUCCCAUGGUUUUCUGCGCUUUAGCUGCCUUAACUUGUUUAUCAAGGAAUUGAAUAACUUCUAUAUUGACAUGUUUAUGCAAUCUUUUUUCAUGCAAUAUAGCAGAUUUCUUAAUGAUUU